CUCGAGCUCAACAGCGGGGAGCUGCGCAAGGGGGUCGGAGCUGACUCGCUGCAGCAGGAAAUCCCUCCGGUCGCCGCGACGCCCAGCCCCGGCUCGGCGCCCGCGUGGGAUGGUGCAGCGCUCGCCGCUGGCCCCGAGAGCUGCUGCACCGAAGGCCGGCGACCAUGGCAGCGCGCCCGCCGCCCGCGUCCCCCGCCCGCGCCCUCCUGCUCGCCCUGGCCGGGGCUCUGCUAGCGUCCCGCGCGGCCCGAGGAAUGAGCUUACGGGACUAUGUGGGAGCUUAUGAAGUUGCCAGUGUUGCUCUCCUGAAUGGAGACCUUGGGAUCCCAGGGAAUGGCGACUCAAAGGAUCACCCAGAAGUAUUGAAUGUUCGAAUACAACUGGAAAGACGGGAACUGAUCAUAAAUCUGGAAAGAAAUGAAGGUCUCAUUGCCAGUGAUUUCACUGAAACUCAUUAUCUGCAAGAUGGUACUGAUGUCUCUCUCACUCGAAAUUACACGGGUCAUUGUUACUACCAUGGACAUGUGCAAGGAUAUGAUACUUCGAUGGUCAGUCUCAGCACUUGUUCUGGUCUCAGGGGACUUAUUAUGUUUGAAGAUCAAACGUAUAUCUUAGAACCAAUGAAAAAUGCCACUGACAGAUACAAACUCCUUCCAGCAAAGAACCUGACAAGCAUCUGGGGGUCGUGCGGGUCACAUCAUAACACAUCAGGCCAGGCUUCAUACAAUUCAUCCCCAGCAUUCUCUCAGACAAGGACAAGAAGGCAUAAAAGAGAGACCCUCAAGAUGACCAAGUAUGUAGAGCUGGUUAUUGUAGCAGAUAACCGAGAGUUUCAGAGGCAAGGAAAAGAUCUGGAAAAAGUUAAGCAACGAUUAAUAGAGAUCGCUAAUCACGUUGACAAGUUUUACAGACCGCUGAACAUCCGAAUAGUGUUGGUAGGUGUGGAAGUGUGGAAUGACAUUGACAAGUGCUCUAUAAGCCAGGACCCGUUCACCAGCCUCCAUGAGUUUCUGGACUGGAGGAAGAUGAAGCUUCUACCUCGCAAAUCCCAUGACAAUGCACAGCUUAUCAGUGGGGUUUAUUUUCAAGGGACCACCAUUGGCAUGGCACCAAUCAUGAGCAUGUGCACUGCAGAACAAUCUGGAGGAGUUGUCAUGGACCAUUCAGACAGCCCCCUCGGUGCGGCCGUGACCCUGGCACAUGAGCUGGGACACAAUUUUGGGAUGAACCACGACACCCUGGAGAGGGGCUGCAGCUGCAGAAUGGCUGCUGAUAAAGGAGGCUGCAUCAUGAACCCUUCCACCGGGUACCCGUUCCCCAUGGUCUUCAGCAGCUGCAGCAGGAAGGACCUGGAGACCAGCCUGGAGAAAGGGAUGGGAAUGUGCCUCUUCAACCUCCCUGAAGUCAAGCAGGCUUUUGGGGGCCCGAAGUGUGGGAAUGGAUACGUUGAAGAAGGAGAGGAAUGUGACUGUGGGGAGCCGGAGGAAUGUACAAAUCGCUGCUGCAAUGCUACAACCUGCACCCUGAAAUCGGACGCCGUAUGUGCACACGGACUGUGCUGUGAAGACUGUCAGCUGAAGCCCGCAGGAACUGCAUGCAGGGGCUCCAGCAACUCCUGCGACCUCCCAGAAUUCUGCACAGGAGCAGGUCCUCACUGUCCAGCCAAUGUAUACCUGCAUGAUGGGCACCCAUGUCAGGGGGUAGAUGGCUACUGCUACAACGGCAUCUGCCAGACCCAUGAGCAGCAGUGCAUCACACUCUGGGGACCAGGUGCCAAACCUGCCCCUGGAAUCUGUUUUGAAAGAGUCAACUCAGCAGGUGAUCCUUAUGGCAACUGUGGUAAGGAUUCCAAGAGUUCCUUCGCCAAAUGUGAGACAAGAGAUGCUAAAUGUGGAAAAAUCCAGUGUCAAGGAGGUGCCAGCCGACCAGUCAUUGGUACCAAUGCUGUUUCCAUAGAAACAAAUAUCCCACUCCAGGAAGGAGGUCGGAUUCUGUGCCGAGGGACCCACGUGUACUUGGGUGAUGACAUGCCAGACCCAGGGCUUGUGCUUGCAGGGACAAAAUGUGCAGAUGGAAAAAUCUGUCUCAAUCGCCGGUGUCAAAAUGUCAGUGUCUUCGGUGUCCAUGAAUGUGCAAUGCAGUGCCACGGCCGUGGAGUAUGCAACAACAGGAAAAACUGCCACUGUGAGGCCCACUGGGCACCUCCCUUCUGUGACAAGUUUGGCUUUGGAGGAAGCACAGACAGUGGCCCCAUCAGACAAGCAGAUAACCAAGGCUUAACUAUAGGAAUUCUGGUGACCAUCCUGUGUCUCCUGGCUGCUGGUUGUGCGGUUUAUCUCAAAAGGAAGACCUUGAUACGACUACUGUUUACAAAUAAAAAAACAACCAUCGAGAAGCUAAGGUGUGUGCGGUCUUCCAGGCCAACCAGUGGCUCCCAACCAGGCCAGGCUCACCUCAUCCGCCACGGAAAGGGCCUGACAAGUAAGCUGCCACAUCCUCAGGCAGCUAAGGACAGGAGACCACCACAGUGUCUGAAUGUGGACAUCAGCAGACCUCUCAGCACCCUUGCCAUCCCUCAACCCCAGUCACCCCAGAGAGUGCUCCCACCCCUCCACCAGACCCCUCGGGUACCAAGUGGCCCUGCCAGACCCCUGCCAGCCAACCCUGCACUGAGGCAGGCCCAGGGAAUUCAUAAACCAAACCCUCCUCAGAAGCCUUUGCCUGCCAAUCCUUUGAACAGGACGACUCGGCUCUCUAAUGCUGCAGUGAAGACACCGGGACAGCAGGAGCCUGGGUUUCGCCUGGCACCCAUUAGACCUGCUCCAAAGUAUCCACACCAAGUGCCCAGAUCCAUGCACACCGCCUACAUUAAGUGAGAAGCAAGUGGACGCCUUUUUUUCAACAGUGAAGACAGAAGUUUGCACUAUCUUUCAACUCCAGUUGGAGUGAUUUUUUUGUACCAACUUUUAGAACUUUUUAAAUUUUAAAAAACCAUUAUUCCAAGAACUUUGAGCUACUGCCGUCGGUGCUGUGCUGUGCUAUGGUGCUCUGUAUACUUGCUCAGGAACUUGUAAAUUAUUAUUUAUGCAGAAUGUUUAUUACAGUGCAGUGCGCUGUGGUAGGCAUUUUUACCAUCACUGAGUUUUCCAUGGAAGGAAGGCUUGUGCUUUUAAUAUUUUAGUGAACUUGAAAUAUCCUGCUUAAUGGGAUUCUGGACAAGAUGUUUACUUUCUGAUCAAGGCUUUAUUGGGAAACAGUCACCCAGCUGCCCUCAGCUGUGGUUAAAGUACCUGACACAGCUCAAGAGAGCCCAGGUAAAACCUCAAGUGAUUUUGUGGAAUUUCUAGUGUGGGCCAAAGCUGAGGGCUGCAAGUCAAGGCUGUGCCUGGCCUUCAGGGAGGUCCUGGGCCCUGGCAAGCUGACAUGCCCCCAGGACGAAAGAGAAGGAUCUGGUUUCUGGCCAGGAUACUUUGGAGAGAACCUGGGUUGCAGACAGGAACUUUGAGGUGUGGCCCCCCCAAGUUAGAGACUGGAAUGCCAGGCCAGGCAGAAACUUGACCUGGAGCUGACCAGCCAUGAGCACAUUUGGACAGCAGACAAAGAAGAGAUCUGUAGCUUUGCUCACGGUUUUGCUACAUAGAAACAUUAAGAACUUCUUUUUCUGGCUGCCCUUCACAGAGAGCUGGCAUCAGCACAUUAUUUAGACUGGGAAUGGUGAUGUUUCCACAAGGAAGCCACUGCAAACCUCCAUCUCCCUGUACUGUUUGGAGCUAAGCAAAUUACCACAUUAUCUUCUGAACUGUAAUACAAUGACCUUGUGUUCAGACAGACAGAUGAGGCUUUCCCUGAGACCAUAAUUAUUUUCAGAUGUAAAGUAGUAACCAGAUCUAGCCCAUCAGUUCUUUAGAUAAAAAUCUCCUUCUACUGAAAGGUUCGACUUAUUAAAAACGAGAAUCCCUAUGCUUGCAAAAACUACAACAAAAUGAAAUGCUAUUCUUAUGGUACAGCCUAUGGCUACACUACUUACCAGUAUACAUUGAACAAAGAACACUUUAAUUCUCUGUAGUACAUUUUCUCAGCUAAAGAUGUUUCUAACAUAGUGUGAAGCCUUAACACUUACAGCCUACCUGUUGAGCAUCACAGAUUGUGAAAUGGAAAUCAAUUUCCUGAUCUUACAUAUUCAUGCAAAGCGGGAUUGGGCAAGUGGCUGCUUUCACAUUUUCUUCUGCCAGUAUCUGAGUAGGAGCCAUUUCCACAAGAAGAUCUUUAAGAUGCCUGAAUCCAAUGGCAUGAAAAGUAUAAAAAUGCUCACAUAAUGCAAAAUGCCAGCUUGCCUCUCCCUGUCUCUUGGGGAAGUCAUGUAUGACUAGUUUUCACAAUUGACAAUAGUUUUAUAAUUCACUGAGUGUUUUAUGAUAAAACUUUAAGAGUCAUUUCAAUGAUUUUCCUAUGCCUGGAAGCAGAAAGAAAAAUACAUACCAAGAAUCUUGGUUUGCCUUUCAAAAAACAAAAGUGCAUUUAACUUUGUCCACGUUCCCCACUGUAUCCAGGCAACGUAGUAUUCAUAACUGUGGAGAAAUAAAUCCAUGUACAAACACACAAAAGGGAACACAGCUCUAAUACAUUCCAAUUCUUAUAGCAUGCAUCUGUUUAUUAUAUAAUUAUCUUCGUAAAAAUGUAAAGCCAUGGUAGAUGAUAUUACUGCUGAUGAGAUACAUACAGAAUUACUGUAACUGAUUUUACAUUUGGCAAUUGUAUUAAGGCCAAAACAUAUAAUAUUGAAAAAGUUUACAGUUUUUUAUGGUGCAUUAUGUGGGUAUUGUCUUUCUAGAUGCCCAAAUCCUUAGAUCUGACAUCUUAGCCCCUUGUAUUUUGAGUACAGGAAGGAAAUGAAUGGACUUUAUUUUUGUUUCUGCUUAACCAUAAGUCCUGUGCUUUUAAAGAACCAGGAAAAGUUUGAUCUUAAAGGAGGUUAAAACUGUGAUCCUAUUUCAUGUCAUCAAUGGCCACUUAGGGGCUGUGGCUGGUGACAUAUUCUUAUCUCUAAAAUACUUAAUAGCUUUUAUAGAGCCAUGCAGUUUAUUUCUGAAUAAGAACAUAUUUAAACCUAAUAUUCCCUUAUAACACACAGAUAUUAAAGGAGUACUUCCAAGAAGCAAUAUUUAUCAAAUAAGCAUAUAUAGCAAUAACUUCCAUUUUAAUGUAACUUAGGAACCAGUAACUAGGGUGGUAGUCAUUUUUGGGAGGAGGGUACUUUUCUCCUUUUUUACAGAUUCAUUAAUGUUGGAAACAAAAAUUAAGAUUUAUAUUUCAAUUGGUGAUCUAUUCUUUCAUAUUUCUAAAAAAUUUUGUAGAUAUGAAUAAUUGAGUUGAUUUAAUUUUUGUAAGUCCAUCGCUGAGAAAGCUCAGUGCCUAAUACACAAAGGAGGCCUGGAGAUUACUCAUUUCCCUUUGUACAUCUAGGAUUAAUUGUAGGUUAAGGGACCCCACUUUAUAGGGAAGUAUAUGGCUAAUCUUUCAGGCAUGAAAUGUAAUCCCAUUAAAAGUAUAUCUCAUGAAAUGUUUUUAACGGUUUGUUUUCCUGACACAUGGGAUCAGAUGUGUAGCAACCAAGAGAAACAAGGCAUAACAUUUUCCAUUGUUGAAAUAUGCAUGCAGGAGUUACACUACCCAGUGUGAAUUUUCCAGCUUUCACAUGUAGGAUGACAUCACAAAAAACACAACAGCAAGAAAAUAAGCUAUAUGAGAAUAAAUACUCCUGAACUAGUCUCCAAGGGAACAUUUUUAUGCCUUCUUUAUGAAGAAUUCUCAGACUGAAAUUUAGGUCAUUGUUCUCUGAAAAAUCAAUACAACACAUCAAUGCAUCCCCUAAAACUGCUAAAACUCUGAUCCACAUCAGAAUACUCUUAGGACCUAGGAUCAAUGGUGCUAAAAAAAAAAAAAGAGAGCCUGACACUGGGCUGACUAGAAUGCCUGCAUAUCCUCCUGCCACCUCUCAACUGAUGUUUACUAAGCACUCUGAGCCAACAAGUCCCUGACAACUGAGAGAGCACAAUGCCUGGGCAGCUGGGCCAGAUCUUCCUAAUACACUCUGACCUUUCAGUCUUUCCCACGAGACUCAUUUCAUCUUAAAGCUUUGCUAGGUAUGACUGCCCUAGAUGUCUUGGAGAAAGCCCAGGGCAGAUUCAGUUUACAGAUACUUACUGCUUUCAAAAUGGUCCCAGUCAUAUACUAGUGACCCAAAUUAAAGUGACAACAACCCUCCUGAAAGUCUCCCAAAAUCAGCACUAACCCAGAGAUAUGAUUGUCAGGCUAGGAGUUUCGUACACAGCAACUGGCCAAUGGGAGUCAUUGCAGGUACCAUCUUUUCUCAUCUCCACCCAUACUGGAAGUCAGCGCAGGGCUGCCAUAGCUACUCCCCAUGAUGUAUCAGCAGGCUCAUACACAUGCCUGGACACAGAGAGCCAGAGGCAAAUACGGCCCUUUACCUUUCCUGGUCACCAGACACUAGUGCCUUACAAAGCUAAACCCCAUGCUGAUGCCACUCCAGUCUCCAACAAUCAAAUCUCUUAAUUACUGUUCUCAGUACUUCAAGUUGGCUGACAUAGUGACUACUACACUGUGUGGCUAUUCUGCAGGUUCACCUACUGGAUACCCAAAGCCCACCUUCUCUAGGGCCACCUUUCCAGCACUCACCAGCCUUGAAUUCCCCAAGUCUCUUCCACAGGCAUAGUGACCACAGUGACCUCCCAUCUAAUACUUUGUUCUUAGGGAAGUUAACCAUAGAAAAACCAACUUAGCUAGGACUGCAAAAUUCUCCUGACUUACUCUUAAGUUCCUGUUGAUAUCUACUGCUUUUAAAAUUGUGUGAAAACUCUGAUCAAUAACAGCCUUCUGAGAAAGAUUUGCAAGUCCCAUUCACAGAACCAUGUCUGUAGAAGAGGAUAAUUCCUGGAUUCUUCUAUUCACAAAGGAAAGUACCAUUUCCCUGACUGUUGCAGAAAAGAUACCCCCUUUACUUUUGGGACUGUAGUGGCCGUUUAUAAUUCAACCAUUACAAUCUUGUUUCAUAUUUUAAAAAAAGAAAUAUAUGAAAUUGUUAAAAUAGUAGUGGAUAGUGGUAGUCAGAAAAUUGAACAGUCAAAAGAAUUCUUGAUUUAAAGUGACUCAGCUUCUUUAGGUUGAAUGCUUUCUAAUCUACCCUGAUUUCCCACAUUAUCUUCAAAAAUCAUGCUCUAUAUCCUUCAUAACUCUCCUGGAAACAUAGUGUUUUAAUCCUUAACUUAGCACAUUUAAAUUCAGACAAAAGAAUAAUAUAAUCAUUUUAGUUUUACAAAAAAGUUGAAUACUAUUUUAUGUUCGUGGCCUAUAAUCAGUAGGUGCCUUCAUAGAGCAGUGAUAGCAAAAACAAAUGAGAAAGGCAAAAACUCUCUAAGCAAUAGAGGGCCAAGACUUUUAGGAAAAGUAGAAGCAGAACUAAUAGUUCCCUUACCUCCUUCCGUCAAAUCAAAGUGGUAGGUGGUCGGGCAGCCUGAUGUCUGAAUGUGGGUGGCAGCUGUCAGUGCAGCUCUUUAACUUGGUUACAGGCUGUUUAGCACAGUACAGAUUGAAGUUACCGCUACAUAAACCAGCACAGUCAUUUUGUAGUGCUUCCUCCAUUUAUAAUGCUUUUGGUUUGCUAAUUUUUUCACAUAACUUUUUAUGUUACAUUCUGUUGCUUUUGUACACAUUUCUCAUAUUAGGGAUCUACAGGAAAAUACAACCUGCUAUUUCAGUAGAAAAAGACAUUGUUAAGAAUAUUAUACCCAAUAAAUGGUAAAGAGGUAA